CUCAGCGCCCUCGGCAGGCCCACCGGCUCCCGAGCCCUCCGCAGCCACCGGAUCCUCAGGAGCCGCCGCGGCCGCGCUGGAGGAGGGCGGGGAGCGGACCAUGUGAAUGGGCUCCGGAGCCUGAGUGCCGCACAGUUUUUUGAAGAAGCAGGAUGCUGAUCUAGACGUGGAAAAAUCUAAAUGAAGAUGCUGGAGCUGGGGCACCCUAGGAACUGCACCGUUUCAGAGUGAUGACCAGUUCACAGGGCCACCCCAGCAGCGGUAUUAGAAGACAUGUGGUGUAUAUAAAGUUUGUGAUAGUUGGGGGAAAUUUUGGAACUUAGAUAAUGGGCUGUGUGCAAUGUAAGGAUAAAGAAGCAACAAAACUGACAGAGGAGAGGGAUGGCAGCCUGAACCAGAGCUCCGGGUACCGCUAUGGCACAGACCCCACUCCUCAGCACUACCCCAGCUUCGGUGUGACCUCCAUCCCAAACUACAACAACUUCCACGCAGCCGGAGGCCAAGGACUCACCGUCUUUGGGGGUGUGAACUCUUCAUCUCACACUGGGACCUUGCGUACGAGAGGAGGGACAGGCGUGACCCUGUUUGUGGCCCUUUACGAUUAUGAAGCAAGGACGGAAGAUGACCUGAGUUUUCACAAAGGAGAGAAAUUUCAGAUAUUGAACAGCUCGGAAGGAGAUUGGUGGGAAGCCCGCUCCUUGACAACUGGAGAGACAGGUUACAUUCCCAGCAAUUACGUGGCUCCAGUUGACUCUAUCCAGGCAGAAGAGUGGUACUUUGGAAAACUUGGCCGAAAAGAUGCUGAGCGACAGCUUUUGUCCUUUGGAAACCCACGAGGUACCUUUCUUAUCCGCGAGAGUGAAACCACCAAAGGUGCCUAUUCACUUUCCAUCCGUGAUUGGGAUGAUAUGAAAGGAGACCAUGUCAAACAUUAUAAAAUUCGCAAACUUGACAAUGGUGGAUACUACAUUACCACCCGGGCCCAGUUUGAAACACUUCAACAGCUUGUACAGCAUUACUCAGAGAGAGCUGCAGGUCUCUGCUGCCGCCUGGUAGUUCCCUGUCACAAAGGGAUGCCAAGGCUUACCGAUCUGUCUGUCAAAACCAAAGAUGUCUGGGAAAUCCCUCGAGAAUCCCUGCAGUUGAUCAAGAGACUGGGAAAUGGGCAGUUUGGGGAAGUAUGGAUGGGUACCUGGAAUGGAAACACAAAAGUAGCCAUAAAGACUCUGAAACCAGGCACAAUGUCCCCUGAAUCUUUCCUCGAGGAAGCGCAGAUCAUGAAGAAGCUAAAGCACGACAAGCUGGUCCAGCUGUACGCUGUGGUGUCCGAGGAGCCCAUCUACAUUGUCACCGAGUACAUGAAUAAAGGAAGUUUACUUGACUUCUUAAAAGAUGGAGAAGGAAGAGCUCUGAAAUUACCAAAUUUGGUGGACAUGGCAGCACAGGUUGCUGCAGGAAUGGCUUACAUCGAACGCAUGAAUUACAUCCACAGAGAUCUGCGAUCAGCAAACAUUCUAGUGGGGAAUGGACUAAUAUGCAAGAUCGCCGACUUUGGAUUGGCCAGAUUGAUCGAGGACAAUGAGUACACAGCCAGACAAGGUGCAAAGUUCCCCAUUAAGUGGACGGCCCCCGAAGCAGCCCUGUACGGGAGGUUCACAAUCAAGUCCGACGUGUGGUCGUUUGGAAUCUUACUCACAGAGCUGGUCACCAAAGGAAGAGUGCCCUACCCAGGCAUGAACAACCGGGAGGUGCUGGAGCAGGUGGAGCGCGGCUACAGGAUGCCCUGCCCGCAGGACUGCCCCAUCUCUCUGCACGAGCUCAUGAUCCACUGCUGGAAAAAGGACCCCGAAGAACGGCCCACUUUCGAGUACUUACAGGGCUUCCUGGAAGACUACUUCACGGCCACAGAGCCCCAGUAUCAGCCGGGCGAAAACCUGUGAGACAGGGGUCAGCAGAGAGGCCAGUCCCAGAGGCUCCGCCCCUCCCCAUUAGCUUUCCAUCCGUAGCCAGCUGCUGGGGCAGCCAGAACCGUCCAGGAUCAGAUUGCAUGUGACUCUGAAGCUGACGAACUUCCAUGGCCCUCAUUAAUGACACGUGUCCCCAAAUCCGAACCUCCUCUGUGAAGCAUACGAGACAGACCUUGUUAUUUCUCAGACUUUGGAAAAUGCAUUGUAUCGAUGUUACGUAAAAGGCCAAACCUCUGUUCAGUGUAAAUAGUUACUCCAGUGCCAACAAUCCCAGUGCUUUCCUUUUUUAAAAAUGCAAAUCCUAUGUGAUUUUAACUGUCUUCACCUGAUUCAACUAAAAAAAAGUAUUAUUUUCCAAAAGUGGCCUCUUUGUCUAAAACAAUAAAAUUUUUUUUCAUGUUUUAACAAAAACCAAUCAGGACAGGUGUUUGGUUUUUUUUUCCUUUUUUACAAAUAUGAAUACAUAUAAUAUAUAUGUCCCUGUACAUACACCAUGUGGGUGCUAACGUGGAGACCAUGGCCAACCUGGACCACAAGCUUCAGGACCCAGAGUGAGGAUUUUACUGCAAAAUCAGUAGAAAAGCACUGAUGUUAUUCUGAAAAACCAGUGGCCUCAUUUUUGGCUUUUUCAAAGCAUGAAUUUUUUUUUUAAUUUGGAUUGCACUUUUUUGAUUCAUGACUAUACCUACAGAUGGCUGUUAGGUUGACUCUUUUCAGCAGCCCCCAAGCUGAAUUCAUAAAGCCUGUUUCCAAUAUUUGCUUCGACUUAACUGCGAUUUGUUCUUGAAACUUAAAAGUGGGCAUAUUUAAGCCAACCAACGGCCAAACUACUACGAAGGGAACUGGAAGAUGGAUACCACGCAAACUUCUUGUAUAAAAAUAUGAAUGCUGAAAUGUUUCAAACUUUUUUUAUUUAAUAAAUCUUGUAACCACAUUUAAA